GUGCACUAGGGGGCAGCACAGGGUCAGACACUUGUAGUGUGCUCGGGAAGUUGAUGCUGCUGAGCAGGUCCUGGCGGGAACUGAGCUCGCAGCAGCAGCAGCUGAGCCUGAGCCGGAGAGCAGAGACACCUGGCGGCUGUAGCUGAUCAAGAUGGCCGAGAGACCGGAGGAUCUGAAUCUGCCCAAUGCCGUCAUCACACGCAUCAUUAAGGAAGCUCUUCCAGAGGGCGUCAACAUUUCAAAGGAAGCGCGCAGUGCAAUCUCGCGGGCAGCCAGCGUCUUCGUGUUGUACGCCACCUCCUGUGCUAAUAACUUUGCAAUGAAGGGGAAGAGGAAGACGCUGAAUGUGACGGAUGUGUUGGCGGCUGUGGAGGAGAUGGAGUUUCAGCGGUUCCUGACGCCACUGAAAGAGUCCCUGGAAGCUUACAGACGGGACCAGAAGGGAAAAAAAGAAGCCACCGAGUUGAGGAAGAAAGACAAGGACAAGAAAACUGAUGGCGACGACCCAGAUCGGAGUCGGGAAGAAGAGGUAGAGGAAGAAGAGGAAAAGAUGGAUGAGGAUGAAGCAGCGGAAGAGGAGGAGGUGGAGAACUGAGGAGAAAUCGCCCGUUUUGCCGGACAUUGGGGCCACAUUACUAUGACUGUUAGAUCAGUGCCACCAGGAAGAUGUUUGGGCAGCCACCUCUCAUCUGUCAGACCUGGUAUCUUAUUCCGUCUUCUUCAUAGCUGGUUGGGGGCCACAGCUUAGGACUGAUUCAUGGCUGGAGAAUUGUUCACCUGGAGACGAGGUGUCUGCAGCCGACUGGUAACGCUGGCACCUAGUCAUGUUUUGCUUUUUGUUAAUAAAUAAGGAGUAUAUGUUUGUUUCUA